AAUUGAAUUACACAAGGUCAGCUUGCCGGGUUGAUUCGAAAUAAUUAGCGUGAUGGACUUGACAAUUCUGUCCGCUCCGGAUGAACACCUGCCUUGUGAUCCUGAGUGCAUGCUAGUAUUGUGUUAUAUCAGGUUAAAAGGAGCACGUAUGAAUAUGAAGAUGAAGAUACCUGAUCAAUUUACCGUUGAAAACUUUCCAAUUCUCAGCCAUGACAGUAAGGAUUAUCACGGAAUCCCAGUUAUCCUGACGUAUUUGAGAAAAGAAAAUUAUGGCUUAGAAUAUGAGCUGUCUGAUGUGGAGGGUGUUCAAUCAUGUGCCCUUAUUUCAAUUAUCGAGCGUCGUUUAGCUCCAGCUAUAGAUUGGUUCUUAUGGGCUGAUGAUCUGGUUUAUACUAAAUUCACUAGAAGAAUGUAUUUUGAAUCAAUUGGAUUUAUGAAACAGUUGUAUAUUCCUCAUAUUUGGCGUAAUAUGAAAGUGAUGAAAGCUAAGUCAUCUCAGUUAGUUAUGUGUCUUAAGAAAAUGUCUGAUUCAGAAAUUGGUGAGCAUUUAUAUUCACUGGCUAAACUUUGCAUUACAUCACUUGCUUACAUGUUGGGCGAAAAUACGUAUUUUGUUGGUGAUCGACCAACUGCUGUGGAUGCUUAUGUAUUUGCAUUUCUAUGGCCAUUAUUAAUGUAUGAAUCGGAGUAUGGUAAUGAUACCAAUUGGUGGGAUAUUGAUUAUAAAUCAUCAACACCAUUUACACCCAAUUAUGUACAAUCUGGUUCACAUCAAUUAAUUACACAUUUAUUUCAAUGUCCUAAUUUAAUUAAAUUUUUCAAAAAUAUUUUAAUAAAAUAUUUUCCAAAACAUAUGAAAUAUUUUAGAAAAGAAAAGUCAUCCAUUAUUGACAAGUCAACUGGUGCACCUCAUCCAAUACGUGAUUGUAUUCUAUGGGGUACUGGAGUAGUUGGCCUAUUUCUUACCUAUGCUUAUUAUUCAAAUAAUUUACGAAUUUUACGCAAAUUCCAUGGAUCUUGAUCAAUUAAAAGUUAAAAUGUUACCCCGCCCCGCCCCCACCCCGAUGGUCGUGAUUGUUAUUUUUAUCAUUUCAUAAUUCUUUGUUUGAAUCGUGUGUGUGUGCGCGUGUGAGUGUGUGUUGUAGUGCAUUGUUUUAUCCCUUUUUCUCCCAUUGUCUCUCUCUCUCCGUCUGUCAAUAUUCUUCCUCUUCUGUUCUUGUUAAAUCUCCUUUUGGAUAUACGCAUUUUGUCAUUACGAAAUUGUUCGUUCUCUCUUUCUCCCUUUUUCCACCACUCUUUUUUGAAUUAUGACUUCGUCUAGUUUUUGCCUGUUUCCAUAUGUGUGUGUAAUUCGAACUGAUAGUAGUGUGAUAUAUAUACAUGUGUGUUCUCUGAAUUUUAAAUGGUCCAGUUGCUCAAAUAAUAGAAGACGCUGACGAUGUUCAGAAUGAUUAGCGCUCUGUACAGUUAGUUGAACAAUCAUCGCCUAACUCAAAAGAGUACAAAUCACCAUAGUGUUUUUAAAACUAACUCAAUGUAAUUGCAUUUUUUUUUUGAAAAAAAAUCUCUCCUUCUCCCCCCUUCUCUUACUCUUUCAUUCAUCCAUUACCUUGUAUUUCUGUUUUUAAUCAAAAAGCACAUUGGUUUUUUCCUUAAUCUCAACCAUGAUCAGUGGUAGUAGUAGUAGCAGUAGUAAUAGUAGUAGUAGUAGUAGGAAAAAUAAAGUAUCAGAGACGAGAAGAGUACAACGAUAGUUUAUAUUGUUAUUAUUAUUAUUAAUAUUUCAGUGUACUUUUGUAAAUAUAGAUUUUAAUAAUUAUUAUUUUGACAAACAGAUUCGUUUUUUUCGUUACUUAUAUUACUUGGUC